AUGUCUUUACUGAGAAACUCUCAGGACCGUUUCUGCAUAUUUGACCCUGUCUCUUUGAAGAAGACGAGCUUCAAGGUUGAAGGCUCCUCGCGAUGUGUUACCGUUGAUUAUGCUCGAGCCCAAACAAAUACAUUUUUGUCAGGCGACUUUGAUGGGAUCGUUCGGCUGUGGGACAUCAGACAGCCAAGGCGACCCGCUAGUGUCUCUGAAGCUGGCCGUGACGUCCUCCACAAGGGUGCUACCUUCAGCACCGCUGCAAUAAGUCCGGAUGCGCGUUUCGUUUGUGCUGGUUCCUGCGCCAUAAGUAUCAAUAAAAAGAAAAGGAAACGUACCAAGAAGUCUUUGCCGUCUAAGCGUCGCCGUGGUGUUAAUGAUGUCGAUAACCCGAAUGCUGAUGGUGACGAUGACAGUAGUAACGACGACGAUACCUCCCCUGCUUACAUCCUCUGCUGGGAUACGCGACAAUUUGGACGCCCUUUGUAUAUACUGGAUGACAUUCAUUCCGAUCACGUAAAUCAUGUGACAUUUGAUCCCUCGAGCAAUUCACACAGACUUCUGAGUUGCGCAGACGAUGGUCUGCUGUGCGUGGCAGAUUUUGACGCCGCUAAUGAUGAUCGCCUGAUUGAGGUUUUCAAUGCAGAAGGUCAGAUAAACUACUGUGGCUUUCUUAACCGCCUGCUGCCAUCAGAGAGUCCGUCUGGUGUCUUUGCCUUCGACAACAUGCGUUCGCACUUCUCCGCCUGGCCCCUAACCCCGGCAGACGCACCAGAGGGUUUUGAAACGCCUCCUGCAUGGCGUAGACUGACUGCGCCGAAGAUGGCCAAAGUCCUCCUCACUGCAACCAGUCUCCCAGGCCAAGUUGUGGGCAGCCAACCGGCCGUGUGUCUGGUCAGCACGCGGCCCAUGAAGGAGGACAUUCGCCUGUCAAUUGCCACUCCCCAGGGCUCGCAACUCUUGGCGAAGCACCGUUUAUUCAAGCGCACACCCGAGCCCGUAGAAUGUGACCCCUUUUAUGCGGAAUUUCUGAGUGUGCCGGAGGCUACCAAGUCGACAUUUGAUCUGUUAGUUGUGGGACGUCAUUCAGUAAACCGGAUGGAAGCGUCGCUCUCGAAAUAA